AGCCGAUCAAGUUUUGCCUCCCACCCCCGAGGAAAAAAGAGCUGAAAUGACGCUGCUGUCGGUAGGCAAUUUCGACCAAAUUAAGUAGCAACUAAUUAAUAUUCAAGCAAAAAAAAUAAGCUAAAUGUCAUAACUUAAGAUAAAUAACGAACUCAAUAUAUGUGUAUAAUAUUAAUAAUCAAGUUUAAUAUUUAUUUUUUAAUAGUGGGACUUUUUCCCUGAAUUUGAUAAUUGUUUUAAUCGCGCAGGGCAAAGUUGGCAACGCGAGUUAAGUUCACUCCGUAUGGCACGUAGAUACCGUAGUUUUGUUUAUGAAGUGCAAUGACGUCAAAUAAAUAAAAUUGGGGAGGAACAAGACUUACAAACAUUUUAAAAAAAAAUAAUAUGAAUCAGAUCACAUUCCAGUUUCAAGCAACUGAUUCUUUAUUUUUGUUGGAUUUUUGUUGUUGCGUUUAAAAAUGGGAUUGGGUAUUGAAUGAUAGUGUUGCUUUAAUAAUGGCUGGCCGGCCUUUAUGUCACAAUAAAUAUCUUACUCUUAAUCAAAAUAUAUGUAUAAUCAUAUUAAUAAAUAUUUACUUAUUUCAAGAGAAAUCAAUCAAAAUCAAAAUGUAAAAUCGAUUGAGGCUAUACUAAACAUAAUGCCUAAUAAUGCCUAAUAUAGCUUAGUGAAGUGCCUAUAUUAGGCAUUGCCUAAUACUAAUAAUACGGUUCACAAAAUGGCGAUUCAUAUAAGCAAUAAAGAAUACCUAAAGCAUUAUGAAAUAUAUAAGUAAAUACAUUAAUUUGACUCUUCGAAUUUCCCUGUUAAAUUUAAUACUCAGAGCGCAUCAGAAUAUUACGUUCACUUUAAAUUGUUGAGAGAAAAAAAAAUGUUUAAAGAAAUUGUUUCGCUAACAUUAUUAAGAUAUUUAAAAAAAACUAUUAGACAACAGAUUUCUAUUUAUGUUUUCAAAGAGGGGCUACUCUUAUUUCUAUUCUAAUAUUUUGACUUUCACGUUUUCGCUGACUUUCAGAUCAGUCAAUAAUACGUUCAUGCUUAUAUAAUAUAAAUGAUUAUUUAAUUGAAUUGAGUGUGUUAAGUAUGGGGCAAAUUGCAACAAGGCUAACCCGACCACUGAGAAAGUUUAAUAUUGACAAUCGAACUGAUCGACUAUUUGAAAAACGUCAAAAAGUUGCUGAUGCUGCACCUAAGCAUCCAACAACAGUGAAGAUGUUGUCCAAAAUAAGAGAGGGUAAUUAAAGCUAGUUCGUAACAAUUACAUUAUUGUUAGGUAUGUGGAAUAAUUGUUGAAAGCUGGUUACCCAAAGCAUUAAUUUAAUUUUAUUUCAUUAAUCUAAUCUAAUAUCUUAAAAUUUUGAGAAAGACAUUGAUGGCCGAAGUUUAUUAGAAUUAGACCCUCCCCAGCAUGUCCUCAUUUCCCCUAGACCUAAAUAAGGAAUCUUUGGGCCAUAAAGCGGCGCGUAAGAAGCAUUCUCCCACCUUCAACUCGAUUGACUAAGCAAGUGGGACAAUAUCAACCAAGGACCACCUGGUCGGUUGGUAGUGCUGCUUGUGCAGUACCAGAAAUAAUUAUUAUAUGAAUUGGAUGGAUCAUAUAUUAACUUCCCAAAAUACACUCCUUCCCAUCCUGUGUUGGCAUCAGAUGCCCUCUAAUAGGGCUUCUACAAAUGGUUUUCUACCAAGUGAAUACCGGAAUGUCACUAAGUAGCUGGGAUGAAACGGUUGCCUAGGAACAGUCCCCUGAAAAGCUGUAUGAUCGAAUCAUCAGUAUGGGCUGCCACAGCCCUCCGAUGCCUAAUAUCCAUACGCGACAACUAGUAAUCAUGAUCUCGACCUGUUUCUGACGUUAUUUUCAACUGUAUUUGGGUAGGUGGGUAGAUGCCAUACAGCUGUGCUCAUUCUAAUGCAGAUACCAUGCAAGAUCUUUGUCUCCACACGACGGUUCCCUACAUGGAGGUGUCACUGGGGUAAUGCCAGGGGGUCAGUGGCUGUGCCUCAUAAUCGGCAUGUUAUUGCAGACAUGGCAUGGUUUUAAUUCAUUAAUCAUGUAUGUUAAUGUGUAUGACUAUGAAUGUAUUAAUAAAAAAACUAUGAUUACUACAAAUGAGUAGAGGUGCAGCAGAUAAGCCAAAUGAUUUUAAAAUUUAAAAAAUGUAUGAAUACUAUAUCUUCCUUAACCCUAAUGAGUUACAUCUUUAAUCAAAUCAUUAAUCAUUAUGAUUAAAAUUAGGUUAUGAUUUGGCCUAAGUUUAAAAGUAUUAAACUGAUCACUGUUUUUACCUAUAAUUUUGUUAUUAUCCUUUGCCUUUAUAGAUUAUUUUAUGUCUAGUGUUUUUUUUUCCAUCAGUUCCCUUUUUAGGAAUAAAGUCAUACAUACAUACCAUAAUAACCAAGACUUAUAUUUAUAUAUUUUUUAAAAUCAUUUUCAUUACAAACAAACAUUAUAUACUUCAAUUUUUUAAUAUGGACCUAAUGAUAAUGCUUGAAUCAAUAUGGUAAUUAUUGCUUAAUGACAUUUAGUGUAAUAAAAUCUUGGUCUUUUACAAUAUAGAGUACUUUUAAAACAUGUUUUGCACAUAUCAGAACAGGCAUAGAAAAUAUAGACACAGUGCAAGUGUCUGCAACCCUUUUUGAGGGGGAGGGGGGGCCAUUUUUGUAAUUUUAUCUGCUAAUGAAAUAUUUUGGGAUCCCCCAAGCAGGGGAAAAUUGUUUAAAUUUCAUUAGUUCAAGUUCAAGAAAAGAUUUCUUCAAAGAGCUGCAUGUGAAUCCAGGGCCAUGGGUUGUCUACCACUGUUAUAGUGCAUAUACACUAAAAAGGCGUUGGGAUAGCCUAAGAUUUGACAAUGAGGUCUAAAUAACUUUUGUUGAAACAUCUUUACCUUUCUACAAAUUUAUUCAAAAACCUUUGGCUUAUAUUCUAUAUACAAUAUAAUAUGGUUGGAAUCAUACAAAUUUAUUAGCAAUAUAUAAUAGAGCAUACUCUUUUUGUUUAUUCUUUAUUUUUUAAAUGUAUGAUAUGUUCUUUUUCCACCAGAACACCCUGAGUACCUUGAAGAGCAGUCAACAAGGCAUGAAAUAUUGCAUGAAAAUCUAAAACAGGUUUAUGUUGAAUCGAAAGGAGAUGCUCCACAGGUAAACAAACUUUGUUAAAGCAGAAACACUAUAUAUUGAAAAUGAAAACUACUUUACUAUUUUAACUAUUUAUACUACUAUACUAAUUAAAUAUCAAUUUUUUUUUCAUUUUGCAUAAUAAAAUCUCAUUUCUAAAGCUCUACAUACAAGAUUGAAAACUACAUAAUAGAUUAUUGUAAUUCUCUGACAUUGUUUACAGUUAUCUGCUAAUAGAUCACUACCCAUAACCAGAGGAGGACCUGAAGAAACAGAACUUGGUGCCAUGGAAACUACCCACACAAUACCUGAAGGUCGAGCAAAUCUUCGGAGUAUGCUUGUUGCUUUGGGACAAUAUCAAACUAAACCAAGUGAAGUCACUGCGGCAAUCAUUGCUCAAGAGCUGAAACUGAGCCAGUCAAAUGUUGAAAAUGUUCUCAAAUAUUUUAAAGUUUUACACCUUUAUGUACCUAAAGAAUUAUUAAAGGAAAGUAAGACUUUAGCAAAAGCGUAUAAAAUGCAAAUCGAAGCUGCUAAGACUUCUGCCACAUUUUUCAAUCCUCUAAUAAAAUCAAGUACGCCUGUUGAAGCACCUGGGGAUAAACUUGCCCAACCUAAAACAUAAUAAGAUAGGUAACCCAAUAUCUGUCAGAGAAAUGUCAGCUGAAGAAAUAACAGUAAAAUUAUUUUUCUGUUAGUCCAUUACAGACAGCAGAUUUUUUGCUUCAGAUGAUCCAGUGUUAGUGUUAGGCUUUAAUAUCCUUCAAUUUUUUUUUCAUUUCUCCAAGAAAACAACUUGUGUUUUGUUAGUCACUACUUAUUUUAUAAUUGAUACAUUGCUAUUGAAUUAGUAUUUUUUGUUAAAACUUCAUCUGUACAGAUGCAAUUUUUUUUUCAAUUAAUUUAAUUUCCUUUGUAGAUUUUCAGGUUUAAAUAAAAUGAAUUUUUUAAAGCCUUCUUUAGUUUACUGUGAGCAAGAUAAAUUACUGUAAAAUAACUUUUUGUGUAAACAAUUAUUUGUUGGCAUAUUAAAGAAAAAUAAAAGUCAUUUUUUAAAAUGCUUUUACAAUAUUUUUAAUAGCAUGAAACUUAAAUUUAAUCCUUUAGAUUGCAUGGGAAAAACAGAUUUAAUGGCUAAUUUAUUUAAUGAAAUGUUCUUGAUGUUUCACGUCACUGUGUUAAAAGUUUACAGAACCAGUUUUAGCUGUUGCUUAAUUUCAGGUAUUAAUAUCAGUAAUAAUAAAGUCUUCACUUAAAAGGUUUUGGCAUUGUAGAGUUAAUUAUUGCUAACUUAUAUGUAUUAUACAUAUAUUAAAUAAAUAUUUAAUUAACUUCCCAACUGAAGCUUGAGUAAAAUAUAUCUUAUGAUAAUAAGUUAGAAUAAUAUAUGAUGUAGUGCAUAUACAGAAA